UCCCGCCAAACCGAGCUUCUUCCAGCUGUUAGCAAUGUUGAUAACCUUAUGGCGGGCUUUCUCCUGCAAGCCCAACACAAGUCUGAAAAUAAAGAUGAUAAAGACGCCACGGAGUGACGAACUGCAUGGACCCAGGGUAGCAUUUUGAUCGGACCCAAGCGGGGAUGAUGGCGGACACUUUGGCUUAUCAGCUCACAUGGGAAACGUCCAACAAAAGGGGCGGGAAGCAAACAGAAGCAGACUGGCUGUUGGGCUUAUAAAAGUAGGCGAACCCUUCCUCCGUCCUUGCAGCACCUCGUGAGGAUCACUUGUUGUUGCGAAGCCAUGGUGAUGAAGUGCACCGCAGUGUGCCUCGUGGCACUGGCCUUCGUCGGCAGCUUCUGCGAUGCUCAGUACCCGAUGCCAAAUCGGAGACAAGACGAUGGCGGUUCCCAGCAGUCAAAAAACCCCUUUGAAAAGCCGGUCACCUGGAUUUACCCUGAAGAUCCUCAGCCUCCGCCCAAGGUUGAUGUGACCAUUGAGAUCAGGCACCCCGUCACCCCUACGACCGUCGCUGUGGACUGCCGGGAGAGGGACGCACAUGUGGAGGUCAAGAAGGACUUCUUUGGAAUAGGCCAGAUGGUCAACCCUGAGGACCUCACCCUGGGAAACUGCGGUGCCGUGGGGGAAGACACAACGGCUCACGUGCUGAUUUACGAGUCGGAGCUGCACAAUUGUGGCAGUGAGUUAAGGAUGACCGACGACUCCCUCAUCUACCAGUUCAAGCUCUUUUACAGCCCCGCCCAGUUAGUGGGGACCCCUAUUGUGAGGACAGGCAACGCUGUUGUGGUUGUAGAAUGCCACUACCCGAGGAAUCACAACGUGAGCAGCCUACCCCUCGACCCACACUGGGUUCCGUACUCUGCCGUCAAGGUGUCCGAAGAGUUCUUGUACUUCAGUCUGACCCUCAUGACCACCGACUGGAUGCACGAGAGGCCUCGCUUUGAGUACUUCCUGGGUGACAUGAUUUACAUCGAGGCGUCCGUCAAGCAGUUCUACCACGUGCCCCUUCGCGUUUAUGUGGACAGUUGUGUGGCUACGCUCUCACCUGAUAUUAACUCCAACCCCAGAUAUGGCUUCAUUCAGGACGGGUGUUUAGUCGAUGCCAGCAUCACGGGAUCAAACUCCAGAUUCAUGCAGCGCACGGACGAGAACAAGCUUCGGUUCUUGUUGGAGGCCUUUAGGUUCCUGGGCACUGACGGAGGUGGAGGCGGAGGUGGAAAGGGGAAACAAGGUGAAAUCGACUACUCCAAUAGGAUCUACAUCACCUGCUACCUGAGAGCCACGUCCACCAGCCACAGCAUUGAUUCCGAGCACAGGGCCUGCUCCUACAUCGAUGGCUGGAGGGAGGCCAGCGGAGUGGAUGCAGCUUGCGGCACAUGUAGUAGCGGCGGACACCAGUCCACCGGUCAAGGUGUGGUGAACAGCGGUGGAAACACAGGUUGGAAUCCUUCUACGGGUACAGGGGGCGGUGGCUCAACCACCACUGGAGGCGGGAAACCAUGGCUCCCACCCCGCCAACGACAACAAAGCUCUUCGGACGGCAGCACUUCCUGGAGCACCGGUGGCAAACCCUGGACCCCCGGCCAACAACAACAACAAGGUUCUUCGGGUGGCAGCACUUCUUGGAGCACAGGGGGCGGAACAGUCACUACCUGGGGCACCGGGGGCGGUGGCGGGGGCGGUGGCGGUGGCGGUGGCUCAACCACCACUGGAGGUGGCAAACCCUGGACCCCCGGCCAACAACAACAAGGUUCUUCGGGCGGCAGCACUUCUUGGAGCACCGGGGGCGGUGGCUCAACCACCACUGGAGGUGGCAAACCCUGGACCCCCGGCCAACAACAACAACAAGGUUCUUCGGGCGGCAGCACUUCUUGGAGCACCGGGGGCGGUGGCUCUACCACCACUGGAGGUGGCAAACCCUGGACCCCCGGCCAACAACAACAAGGUUCUUCGGGUGGAAGCACUUCUUGGAGCACCGGGGGCGGUGGCUCAACCACCACUGGAGGUGGCAAACCUUGGACCCCCGGCCAACAACCAGGCCAAGGUACCUGGAGCACUGGCAGCGGUGUAACAGUCAGCUCUCCGGUUGUUAAAAAAACCCUCAGUGCCUGGGUCUCCGGCGGCGGUUCAAGGAAGGGCCGUUCCGUGACAGAAGAAGAGAUAGUCUGGAGGGGUGCAGUCACGUUGGGUCCCAUCGCCAUCGGAGAGCAGAAAUAAAGCCAACAUUCCAUGGAAAUCCAAAUAAACCUUCACAUCGGUUGACGACUGACUGGAUGUCAUUUCCUGCACAACGCUACGACCUCUGUUUCAGCAAAAAGAAAGAGGGGGGAAAAAAAUUAAAAUAUUCAGUGUCCCAAAGAAUAAAACCUUUUGAAAUUGCCACUUCUGUUUGCAUUGUCGCUUUGUAAUGACAUGAAAUAUGUAAUAAAAGGCACUUUUUUUUUUUUU